GCCCCAUAGAUUGACGACAGUGUGCAUUAUCACGCCCCGUUGCUGCCGUCUGCCGGCCGGCGAGUCGACAGGGAAAAUCUCCGAGGCGAGGCCGCGAGAUGUCCUUCUUCUUCCGCAUGGCGUCGCGGCUGCGGCCGUCGACGCCGGAGGAGGUCGUCCGCUCCAUCAAGGACUCCUUCCUCGCGCUCAACACCAGGACCCACGCCAAGGCUCUGGAAGAGGUUGAGAAAAACAUUGCAUCCUUGAAAUUGUUGAUCUCUGGUGAUGGAGAGGUUGAACCAAAUCAAGAGCAGGUCCUGCAAAUAACUAUUGAGAUUUGCAAGGAGGACGUCAUUUCCCUCUUAGUCCAGAAUCUACCUUCCUUGGGUUGGACAGUAAGAAAAGAUCUGGUUCACUGCUGGUGCAUUUUGCUUAGGCAGAAAGAUGAUGAAAGCUAUUGCUGUGUGCAGUAUAUUGAAAAUCAUUUGGAGCUUUUGGAUUUCCUUGUUGGUUGCUACAAGAACUUGGAUAUUGCACUGAACUGUGGGAAUAUGUUAAGAGAAUGCAUAAAGUACCCAACACUAGCAAAAUACAUAUUGGAAUCUGGUAGCUUUGAACUGUUCUUUGAGUAUGUUGAGCUGCCAAACUUUGACAUUGCUUCUGACGCUCUGAACACCUUCAAGGAUCUGCUUACCAAGCACGAAACUGUAGUUGCAGAGUUCUUGGGUUCCCACUACGACCAGUUCUUUGAACUCUACUCAAGGCUCUUGUUUUCGAAUAAUUAUGUAACAAGAAGGCAGGCAAUGAAGUUCCUAUCAGAAUUUUUACUGGAGGCUCCUAACUCUCAAAUAAUGAAGCGAUACAUUGUGGAAGUUCGUUUUUUGAAUAUUAUGAUCAAUCUACUAAAGGAUUCAAGCAAAAAUAUCAGAAUAUGUGCCUUCCACGUUUUUAAGGUAUUUGUUGCCAAUCCAAACAAGCCUCGGUGUAUAAUUGAAGCUUUGCUAGAGAAUCGCCGUGAACUGUUGAAGCUACUUCACAAUCUUCCUACAAGUAAAGGUGACGAUGAACUCGAUGAGGAGAAAGACCUGAUAAUUCAGCAAAUCCAGAAGCUGGCAUGAUCAUCAGCGCGAAACCUUCCAGUUAUCAGUUAGCAAUGGCACCAUGUCCUUUUGGAGGGCUUCAGCACCCGUCAACCAUACCACCAGAAGGUCCAAAACCAUGUAUAUAGCACUGCGUGCAUGUAGCCCCCAAGGGCUGUUGUGUUUUUGGAGGGUUUUGCUGUUGGUCUCAGGAGACCGUGGCAGACGAUUAUCAUGUUUGAAGGAUUUUGCAGUUGGUCUCGGGGGACCAGGAUAAAAAGGGAUAUAUAUAUAUAUACACGGGGAAAAGAGAGCCA